AUGUCCGAUACGGCCAAGGACCACGAGCAAAUCAACACUCAUGAUGAAUUAGCAAUAGGAGACGCUGCUGCUCCAAUAGAGAUAGAUGGCCAGGGACAAGGGCCACAGGACUCGGCGCAGGACGAGCUCCAACGUGAGCCCGUGAAGAAGGAUGAGGACCCAGCGGAGUCGAAGGAGGUGAUGGCUGGCCAGGAUGGGGCAGAGGUAACACAGCCAGCGAACGAUGAGGAGAUAAGGAUGAUCGAGGGUGGAGAUCAGAAUACGGAGGCCAGGUCGCCGUCAGCCGAGGACAUCGAGAAAGAAGCCAGCGAGCAUCUGGCGCGCCGGGCUGCAGAAAUGUCUAUCGACGGCAAGGACAACACCUCUGACCAGCAAGAUCACGGUUCAGCGCUACCUCGAAAGGAUGAUGAGUUGCCGGCAUCUCCUCCAGCGCCUCCCGUGCCAGCGAAAGAUAUCGCAGAGUCGUCUCAGCCGCAAGAAGCGGAGUACGACGAGAAGCAUCCUCCGCCGAAUGAAGAGCCAUCCAACGAUAUACCUGAAGCUCCUCAAGGCACAAUGGAAGCGACGGGAGCUGAGAUCCAGACUAUCAUGGAGCAGUUUCAAAAUGGAACAGGUGGACCUGCAUCAGAAGAGAUCAUGUCACCUAUCCUCGAGCGACAGCAGCCUAUACUAGUACUCCCGCCACGGACAUCAAGCCUAGAGCACAGAGAACAGCAUGGCCUGAGCCCGCAGACAACUGGCGGCAGCACAAGAAGUCAGCCGUUCAGCCCGCAGUACUCUGGCAAACCGCCUUCGGUAUCAGGAGCCAGCUUGGAUCAAGUCAAGUCAGAUGACACACAGUCUAUUGCUAGUACCAAGACAGGAUCAAUGUUUCAACCGCCGCCUCCCUCACCGGACCCUGACCCUCCUCUGCCAUUCGACUUUCACAGAUUCCUGGAGCAAUUGCGACACAGAACAGCGGAUCCAGUGGCGCGGUUUCUACGGUCAUUCUUGACAGAGUUUGGCAAGAAGCAAUGGAUGGUGCACGAGCAGGUCAAGAUCAUCUCUGACUUCCUUGAGUUCAUCUCGAAGAAGAUGGCGCAAUGUGAGGUGUGGCGAACGGUGUCAGAUGCCGAGUUUGACAACGCCCGAGAGGGCAUGGAGAAGUUGGUCAUGAACAGACUGUAUUCGCAGACUUUCUCGCCUGCGAUACCGCCAGUCGCCGGCAGCCCUCGAAAGGCUGGAACCAAAGGCGGCCGAUCAGCUGUCGAUGCGGCAAAUUCACAUGGUCCAGGAAGGCGUGGACAGCACCAGGAAGACAUCGAGCGUGACGAAGUGAUAGCGCUGAAAAUGAAACUCUAUGGCUGGAUAGAGGAGGAACAUCUUGAAAUCGAGCCCAUCAAUGAGAAGGGUCGCAAAUUCCUGACAAUGGCACAGAAGGAGCUUCUCAAGAUCAACACGUACCGAGCGCCGCGGGACAAGGUGAUCUGUGUUCUCAACGCUUGCAAAGUCAUCUUCGGAUUUCUCAAAAAUUCAAAAGGCGACCAGUCUGCCGAUGCAUUUGUACCUCUGCUGAUAUACACCGUGCUGAGAGCCCGGCCAGAACAUUUGGUCAGCAACGUCCAGUACAUAUGGCGCUUCCGCAACCAGGACAAGCUAGGCGGCGAAGCGGGCUACUACAUGUCGUCGCUGAUGGGAGUGGUGGCGUUCAUCGAAGGUAUUGACCGCAACACCAUCAAGAUCUCGCAAGAAGAUUUUGACAGGAACGUCGAGCAGGCUGUGAGCGCCAUUGCCGAGAAGAACAAGGCAGAGGAAUACGAGAAGGAGUCUCAUGCGGCUGCUGCACCAACACCACCGCUCCAGCAGCGCUUCAACGAGAAGAGUACUCUCGCCCGGCCGGAGGUGACCCCAAACAACAGCAUGGACGCCGAGCGUUCGAGUCCGAGGCGCGAUGGGACUCGGGAAAGAAGCCGUCACGCGCACCAAAGCUCGACUGAUACUGUCGAUGACUUUGACGCCGUGACUGGGCUGUUGCGUACUAUUGGAAAGCCACUGAGCAGCAUCGGCCGAAUCUUCUCUGAUGAUGGCGGAAACGCACAACAACAGAACCCAUCAUUACGAGCUGCGAGUACCCCUCUACCCAAUUCCGGCUCUCGAGGGACUUCCCCUGCGUACCCUGAGCGACGACCUUCAGCAGAUGGCAGAUCGCGGGACCGAUCUGCUCCCGAGAGGCAACAAGCUGCGGCUGAUGCAGCAGCGCGGCAGGCAAGUGCUGAGACCGCCCAGGCGCAGAGAGUACGAGCGCAGGAGUACAAGGUUGUGGUCGAGACGUUGCAAAGCAUGUUCCCCAACCUCGACAGGGAAGUCAUCGAAGACGUGGUGCGAGCGCAGGAAGGGAACGUUGGACGAGCGGUGGAUGCAUGUCUGGCGCUGAGCACUGGCUCGUGA